CUCUAAUUUGUAGUAACAUUGUCUUGUCUAAAUUAAAUUUACUAUUUACCGGAGAAAUGGAGCAUAUUAAUAAUGAGGAAAUUCCAUCAACACCAGCAACACCAGGCACUCCUGGUGUACCUCUUUUCGGUGGGUUUAAGUCUGAGAGAAGUGGGAACGGUAGUAAUAAAUAUAAGAAGUCCCUACUCAAGAACUGUAAAUGCUUCGGCGUCCAAGAAUGGAACUUAGAAGAUGGAGCUCUACCCACAGUCACCUGCUCGUUAAUGCCACCCCCUCCUCCUGUCCCUCUCGCAAAAAAGAUAGGAGCUGAGUUUAUAGGGACAUUGAUUCUGAUGUUUGCUGGGGCAGCCACUGCUAUUGUGAACCAAAAGACACAAGGCUCGGAGACUCUGAUUGGGUGCGCCACGUCUACUGGUCUUGCGGUUAUGAUCAUCAUCCUCUCCACCGGCCACAUCUCCGGUGCUCAUCUCAACCCUGCAGUCACCAUUUCAUUUGCUGCAUUGAAGCACUUCCCGUGGAAGCAUGUGCCUAUGUAUAUUGGUGCACAGAUUUUGGCAUCAAUAUGUGCUGCAUUUUCUCUCAAAGCGGUUUUUCACCCUUUUAUGAGUGGUGGAGUCACCGUUCCUUCCGGAGGAUAUGGUCAAGCUUUUGCUUUAGAAUUCAUUAUCAGCUUUAAUCUAAUGUUCGUUGUCACGGCAGUGGCCACCGACACAAGAGCUGUAGGAGAACUAGCAGGAAUUGCGGUGGGAGCAACUGUGAUGCUCAAUAUACUCAUAGCAGGGCCAAUAACAGGAGCGUCAAUGAACCCAGUAAGAACUCUAGGUCCAGCUAUAGCUGCAAACAACUACAAAGCCAUAUGGGUCUAUCUAUUGGCUCCAAUACUUGGAGCUCUCGGUGGGGCAGGAACUUAUACUGCAGUCAAGCUUCCCGAAGAAGAUGAUAACGCAAAGACUAAUGCUUCUUCAAACCACCCCAGCUUUAGAAGAUGAUCAACUUCUUCUGUCCCCAUGCUCAUCAAUCAUCAUAAAAUGACACUAAAGGAUGAUUAUGUUUUGAUAUAUAUAAGUUUUGUGUGGAAAAAAAAAAAAGCCAAAACGAAAAUCAUUUGGCAUGUGCACGAAUUAGAUAUACAAAAUAUAAAAGUAUUAUAGUGUAUGAUGUAUGUGUCUAUUAAAUUAAAUCCAAGCAAGCAAAAUUGAGUGCUCUUUCAGUUUGGUUCA